UGUCAUUCCAUCUCCUACGAGCAGCCGAAACCCUAGAGAGUGUGUGAGAGAGGGAGAGAGAGAUCCGCCAUGACGACUCGUUUCAAGAAGAACAGGAAGAAGAGAGGACACGUUAGCGCUGGCCAUGGUAGAAUCGGCAAACACCGAAAGCAUCCUGGUGGUCGGGGAAACGCCGGAGGUAUGCACCACCACCGGAUUCUCUUCGAUAAGUAUCACCCUGGUUAUUUUGGUAAAGUCGGUAUGCGUUAUUUCCACAAGCUUCGCAACAAGUUCUAUUGCCCGAUUGUCAACGUUGACAAGAUCUGGUCCUUGAUCCCUCAAGAAGUGAAGGAUAAGGCCUCCAAAGACAACGUUCCAUUGGUCGAUGUCACGCAAUUUGGUUAUUUCAAGGUGUUGGGCAAGGGUGUCUUGCCGGAGAAUCAGCCUAUCGUGGUGAAGGCCAAGCUUGUAUCCAAGAUCGCCGAGAAGAAGAUUAAGGAGGCUGGUGGCUCGGUGGUUCUUACAGCUUAGGUUUGAGUUUCUCUUCGUUAUAGGGAUUUUUGUUCUUGGUGAAUUUUCAUUUUUGUCUCUUUGAACUUAUUGGAGAUCUUUUUUUUCCAUAUAAUUUAAGCGUUUAUGGGUUGACAUACUAUUAUCUGAUGCUAUGUUCAAGCUUUUUUCUUACUCAAUUAGUGUCUGAUUUUUAGACUA